AUGGUCAAAACAAGUACAAAUAGCUAUAAGAUCAUUGACGAAUUUUGUUGUAGAAUGAAGGGCACGAUGAAAGAAUGGUAUCACAAUCUUGGAGCUUUCAAACAAGAUGAGUUGCAUCGUCUAGAAACUACAGCUAGUGUUCUUGGGCUUCUUCACCGAGAAUUUAUCGGUGAUAUGGAGAUAUUUGAUAGAAAAAACAGACAAGAAUUCUUUGAGAUGAAGUGUUGUUCUCUCAAAACAAAGGACCUCUACAAACAAUAUCAUAGGAUGGCAUAG